GUAACGAGGAUGUUGAGAGCACAGAACCCGAAAGGCAAGAAGCCGUCAGUAUGCCACAUAUCCCAAUAACGAACCCUACCUUUAGUUAUAAGCAUCCUGCUUACCAAUCUGCCCAUCCCCAGAUCGGUUCCGAACCAGUAGAACCGGGACCGUCGAACAAAUCGACUAGCAAGACUGACGAUGGCACCUUGAAGAAACGCAGAAAUACUGUUCAGCAAGAAGAUGUUGAAACCAAGUCCAGCCAGAUUGCUCAUCCGAUGCCAAUGAAGGAAGAAUACGAGGUUCUUGCUAUCGAAUUGAACAGAGGAUGGAACAGUAGACUGGGAUUCAGUUUACAGGGCGCAGCGGGGGUGACCUAUGUCAGCGCAGUGCAUGCCGAUAGCGUGGCUGCCAAAGAUGGCAGAUUGAAGCCAGGAGAUCGACUAAUCAAGGUUAAUGAUGAAAGCAUUGAACAUAUGACGACUAGCGAAAUAAUAGAUUUACUCCGAAUAGUUAGGGGUCCAGUAUGUAUUGUUGUUUCAAGAGUCAAAUCUAAUGAAGACUGUCCAAAAAGCAAUGCGGAGAAUUGAGCAACUGUAGUACAAUUUUUUAUUCUAAGAGCGUCUAUCAAACAUACUCUUCGUUACAUUGAAAGCGUUGUUUUUGUUCCUCGGUUGUUUUAUUUUCGACACUUCCCCUGUAUUAUUUUUGUAUCAACAUAAGAGAAGAAAAUCCUAUUUGGGAAGU